AUCGGCGCGGAGGGAAGCGCUCUUGUCGCUGACGCCCCCGAGGGAGCCCCCCUUUUAAAAUAAAGCGGCGGCGGCGCGGCGGGAAGAGGGGGUGUGUGCUGGCCUCGCUCGGUCCCGCACACCGGCGGGCGGGCAGAUAAACAGAGCGAGCGCCGCGGGAUGCGCGCAGCCCCCGCGGCCAGGGACUGAAGCGGGCGGGGGACGAGAGGUCGCGAGGAGAGGGAGAAGGAAAAGGAAAAGGAAGGCGGGAGCGGCGCGCCUGAAGGGUCUCGCGUCCGCUCCGGGGAUGGUGCCGGUGAGCGAGCAGCUGGAGCCGCAGGGCGCGGGGGGAGACCCCGCCGCCGCGACCCCCCUGCCCGGCCCGCCGGCGGUCGAGGAGCCGCGGCGGGAGAACGGCGGCGAAUGGUGCCCCGGGAGCGGCGAGAGCGGGGCCCAGCCCCCGGCGGCGGCGGCGGAGGAGGCCCCCAGGAGCCCGGACUGCCCCGGGAGCGCUGCGGCGCCGGAGCCCCCCGAGGGCGGCUGGGGCUGGGUGGUGAUGCUGGCCGCCAUGUGGUGCAACGGCGCCGUCUUCGGCAUUCAGAACUCAUGCGGGGUCCUCUUCGUCUCCAUGCUCCGGCUCUUCGGCAGCAGCGACGACAAACAGCUGGCCUUCAAAACAGCAUGGGUGAGCUCUCUUUCCAUGGGAAUGGUCUUCUUCUGCUCCCCAAUAGUCAGCAUUUUCACAGACCUGUUUGGUUGUCGAAAAGUAGCUGUUAUUGGAGCUGCAGUAGGGCUUGUUGGACUCCUUUCAAGUUCUUUUGUAAGGUGCACUAUUGAACCUCUGUAUUUCACCUACGGGAUCGUGUUUGCCUGUGGCUGCUCGUUUGCCUACCAGCCGUCCCUGGUCAUUCUGGGGCACUACUUCAAGAAGCGCCUUGGGCUGGUGAAUGGCAUUGUCACCGCGGGCAGCAGCUUGUUCACAGUGACGCUGCCCUUCCUCCUGAGGGUCCUCAUCGACUCUGUCGACCUGUUCAACACCUUGAGGGUCCUCUGCAUCCUUAUGUUUGUUCUGUUCCUGGCUGGAUUUACAUACAAACCUCUUGUUCCCAACACCAAAGACAAGGAGGGAGGAAAGAAGGGAAAAUUCAAAUUACCUCCUGCGAAAAAGAUUUGUAAUUUCUCCGUUUUCAAAGUUCUCAGUUACCGUAUCUGGGCUUUAGGGAUUCCAGCUGCACUUUUUGGAUACUUUGUGCCUUAUGUUCACUUGAUGAAUCAUGUAAAAGAGAGGUUUGGUGACAGUGUGCCAGAAGAAGUGCUUCUGCUGUGUCUGGGCAUUACUUCAGGAGUUGGCAGAUUGAUCUUUGGCAGAGUGGCAGAUUAUGUUCCUGGUGCAAAAAAAAUCUAUCUACAGGCGGCCUCAUUCUUUUUUAUUGGGCUGAUGUCUAUGAUGAUUCCACUGUGCAAUGUCUUUGGAGCUCUCGUUGCUGUCUGUCUCUUCAUGGGCCUGUUUGACGGGUGCUUCAUUUGCAUUAUGGCUCCUAUUGCCUUCGAGCUCGUUGGGGCUCAGGAUGUCUCCCAGGCCAUUGGAUUUCUGCUUGGACUCAUGUCCGUGCCUAUGACAGUUGGUCCACCCAUUGCAGGUCUGCUGCGGGAUAAGCUUGGCACCUACAAUGAGGCGUUUUACCUGGCUGGAGUCCCCCCCCUCAUCGGAGGAGCGAUUUUGUGUUUCAUCCCCUGGGUCCACGAGCGGCAGAAGUUGAAAGAGAGAGCAAAACCUGUUGAUGGAGAAACUACUGAGAAAAUGCUGGAAAAUGAAAGCACUUUGGUGUCAGACAUGACAGAAAAGCCAGUCAUAGAACUGGACUCUGGCUUUUGAUGCUUUUUUCUUUUCCCUAUACCAUCCUGACCUCCUCCUACUGAAACCAGAUUUCUACUUUUUGGCUGAAGGUACUGAAGUCUUGAACUAUUGCAAAACUGCUACAAGAAUCUUUUAUACCAUUGAACUUUUUUGACAAGUCUUUGAUUUCAAGCCACAUUUUCAAGGUAUUUGAAGUUUUGUAGCUUUAGUGUGUAUGUGCGUAGUGAUUCUGUGUGUGAAGAGAAUAUUUUUCUAAUCCAUCAGAACUGAUUUCUGGAAAUGUGAAAGCUGUUUUUCCUUCACUGACCCAGGAUUCUUCAAUGAUGUCUAUGAUCCAUCCUCUGCAGGCACGCCCCUGGGUGUUUAUACUGGAUAAUGUAGUAGCUCUUACAACUGAUCUGUUUUUUUUGGAGUUUAUCAUGCUGUUUACAGUCUUCUAUAAUUCUCUAUCAUGAACACAAAUAUGCAUCUUUUUGCUGAAAUUAUUGUUCAUUAGAAAGCUAAAUUAUUAUACAACUGUUGAAACACUCACUUGUGUUUGCAUUCACCUUUCACAGUAGCCCAAAGAACAUUCAGGAUGGCAUUUUUGAUGGGCUCAGGUUUUGAAUAUUUUCAAACCAAGCUCCAAGUGCAAACACGUUCAGAAGUUAAGCUGCUGAAUAAUAGAUUUUUUUUUAUUGUUAUUAUUAUUAUUAUUUGGUGAAGGCAAUAGCCGUAAGAUGUAUGUUUAUAAAUCUCUUUUCAGCCAAACCUCAGAGUAGUGGAUAGUUUUGAAACUGUACUGACUAAUUAAUUGGAGCAGUAUUGUGAAUUAGACUAAAUUUCAAGUUAUUCUGUUGUACUUCUUAGGAUUUCUUUUUUUGUUGUUCAUAAAAACAAGACAGCUUUAAAGGAUACAUUCUAAGUGCAAUACCAAGUUGUUUUUAAUGUGGAAAUAUACAUGAGCUAUUAAAACAACAUUCAGCAAUUAAAGAUUUUUGCACUAAGUGAACAUGCAGGUUUAUUACAAGUCUUUAUAGCUGUGCUCAACUGCCUGUAGAUUAUAUGGCUCCAUAUUUUUUUCAAAUAUAAAGAAAUGUCUUUGCAUGUCCUAUUUCUUACUUAACACCCUAAACAAAUGUCCCCAUUGGUUAUGUAUUCUUAGGUAUUAUGCACUGUUUGUCAAGCAAGCAACCUCUUUUUCUGAAAAAUGUUUAAAAGCAUAAUACUUGGAGAUGAAAACACUGCUUUUCAGUUUAUCAUAAAGCACUUCUAAGCACACUGCUUAUCUAUGGAUAUGGUUCAGCAAUCACUGGAAUACUUAAUCAUUUUUUUAUUUCAGGUCCAUUUAAUGCCAAUAAUUUUGUUCCUCACUUUAAACUGUAAUAGCAAAGAGUAAACUAAAUGUGAUCUGGGCAAAAUGUGUACUCAAGUACUUUUUUAAUUAGUAACUGUUCUUUACAUAGACCAUGGAGGCAUGCUGUUUGUUUUUUUAUUUUUUUGUGAUAGCCUUUAUUUUCUUUUUUCUGUUCAUUCUGCUUUUUCCAGUGUUGUAGUAAAUUGCUCAGAAAACCCAUAUAAAACAGCAAUACUAUUGCAUUUAAUGUUUACAUCUAGCAACUGACAGAAGUUCUUUAAAUAUAAUCAUUCAAAGCAUUCUAAGUAUUGUAGACCAAAGCUCAGGCAUUUUUUAUACUGCAGAAUUUCAAUCCCUUUGCAUGAGUGAGGUCUAAAAGAAUUGAAUAUUAAAAUGUUAGAGAGACAUAAGUGGAGGGACUUGGAGGUGGUGGGGGGAAGCUGAUCUGGAAAACCAAGGCCCCCUUCAAGUUCACUGGGACUUGUGCUUUGGCACAUUGUAAGUGCUUCUAAAAAUGUCCUUGAAAUAUGCAUAGUAGUAUUAAUUACAAUUACUGCCUUCAUUAUUAAAGUGAUGCUGACAGCCAA